CUGAUUGGUUGAAUUCAGGAAAGCAAGUCAAGAAGUGGUAAAUUUGACUGCCCAAGUUAAAAGCGGCGUGUAGUUUUUCCGGCAUAAAUCUGCAAAAACGGUAUGUCUGACAGUACAAGUGUCAGUGGUACACCCACUCGAAUGAAAGUGGCGGUUCGCCUGCGCCCAGUUCUCAAACAAGAUGACAAAGAUAAAGAGCCUUGUGUCCGAGGCCUGGAUGCGACGUCUCUGGAGAUCUGGAAUUGGCGCGACACCAAACAGACAAUCAAGUACAACUUUGAUGUCUUCUUUGAUGCCACGUCCAGGCAGCAAGACAUCCAUGAAAAAUGCGUCAAGCCCCUGAUGGCCAAAGCGCUGAGAGGGCAGAAUGCGAGUAUUUUCGCUUACGGACCGACCGGAGCCGGUAAAACUCACACAAUGCUGGGAACUGUUGAGCGACCGGGGAUCAUUCCAAGGGCGGUAAAUGAUAUCUUCCGCCUGAUCAACAAGCAGAAAUUGAAUGCAGGCGACGCCCAGUGGAUGUACAGUCUUAGCUUCUCCUACCUGGAAAUCUACCAGGAAAAGGUGUACGACCUUCUGGAGGUCAAAGGUCAGGAUCUACCAAUCAGGGAGGAUCGGGAUCGCACCAUCUUCAUUCCCAACCUUGCUGAGAGGGUGAUCACUUCUCUGGAAGAGUUCCACGACUUGUUUGUGCCUGCCAGCAAGAACAGAACUACGGCAGCCACAAAAUUGAACAGCCGAUCAAGCAGAAGCCAUUCCAUUCUCUUGCUCAAGGUGGUGAAAAAACAGGAGGCUCCUCCGUAUAAGAAACAAAUUGGCAAGGUGUACCUGAUUGACUUGGCCGGCAGUGAAAACAACAAGCGAACUGGUAACCGGGGCAUCAGACUGAAGGAAAGUGGAGCUAUCAACACGUCUUUGUUUGUACUGGGUCAGGUGGUAGAUGCACUCAAUCAAGGACUGGGUCGUGUACCCUACAGGGACAGUAAACUGACCCGCCUUCUCCAGGACUCUCUUGGUGGCAGUGCGCAUGCCUGCAUGAUUACCAACAUCGCACCCGAGGAGUCCAACUACAUGGAGACCUACACAGCGCUCAACUUUGCCUCCAAGUCCAGGCAUAUCGUCAACAAGCCCUUCACCAAUGAAAUUACAGAGAGGCCCACAGCCCAACGGCCAGCCAAGCGAUCUAGCAGUGGUGAGGAGAGGCAUCAAGCAGCAUCAAGUCCCCCACGCAAGAAAGCCAAGAGAGAUUCCAAUGAACAGAAAGUGACAAACAGACCAGAGUCUGCUGAAGGAAGUACCAAACAGCAGGAAAAUGCACCAUUCCUGAGCCCAUUGUUAAGACGGCAAGCCAACUUUGAGGAGAGCAUGAAGAGCAGACUGCAAGCGCUGGAGAAUAACAUCAUGACACGCCUCAAUCCCCCAGCCAAUCAGGGCCAAGCACAUCAGUCACAUGAUCUCCAGAACCGCCAGAUAUUGGAACAACUGAAGGAGAGUAGCAAACAGCUGUCACAGUUACAGAAACAGAACAGCAAGUUCCACCAGGUCCUAGCAAACAGCAGAAUGAAGGACCAAGACCAUCUACCUCAGCGGAAGAUUUCUUCAGAUCCAAGCACCAAGAAGACUUCAUCGGGAGUAGCAGGCAGUAGUCUUGGUCAGCCAGCCACAUUGCCCAAAGCAGUAGUUAAGCCUUUGACAAUGUCCACACAACAUAAUUUUGCCCCACAACCCACAACCAAGUCCAACUUGCUGAAGAGACGCGCCCCAGAUGUGCAGUUUAUGAAGAUCAAGACGUGUGACGACCCUAAAGGGAAGAGUUUGAAGGAGAACGCUCACCAGCUUCAGCCCAACCCAGAGCUACAAGCCAAACACACUGCCGAGAUCAUUCACCUGUUGAACACGGGCUCUGUCAAGCAGCUGAAAUCCCUGCAGAGCGUCGGGGAGAAGAGAGCUCAGCUCAUCCGCAGCUGGCGACAGAUGUUUGGGGAAUUCACAACUAUCAGUGAUCUAAAGAAAGUGAACGGCCUUCCUUCCAAGACAGUGGAUGCCAUUAUCAGGAAUAACCUCCUCUGCCAGGGAAUUGCCAAGGGCUGACCCAAACAUACCACAGGAGGGCCAGGGCUUGUUUGAAUCCGGGCAAAACUUUGACGAACUGUGACGGUGAUUCUGCAUUUCAUGGACAAUUAAAAUAGAUCAAGUUUCUCUUUUACAACCUUCUCUCCAACUCAAACUGUUGAACUUUUUCAUGUCCAUUGUGGCUCAGGAAAAAAUUGGACUAUAACUUUUGCCUUUUAUACUUAAACAUUUAAUUUCAAUUAACUUUUCUACAUAAAUAGUGGUACAAAGAAUACUUUUUCAUUUUCAGAAUUAGU